AAGUAGAAACAAAAAAUCCUUGGAAAAUCCUAAUUGGAUAAAUAUAAUUAUACUAUUUUCUAAUUCGCAUCUAACAUACGUUUUAAUAGUACGUUGUAAAUAUCUAGAUCUAUUUGAUUGAUACGUGGAACAUUAAAAGUAUACUUCGCUAAUAAAAGAUGAAGUAUUACCGAAGUAAAAAUUAUAAUAAUUAAUAUCUUUGUAUAUACCUUUUAUCUAGAUAAAAUUUAUGAAAAAUAUCGGAUGUAUAUAUCGAUUUAUGUAUCGGCGAUCAGUCAAUAUGUUAAACGAAUAUCAACGUUAAAACGAUGGCGUAUAAUAAAUAAAUGUUUGUUAAAAAAAAAAAAAAAAAAAAAAAAGAAAAAAAUGAUUACGAUUCCUUUGAUUAUUCCUAAUCCUGUUUUUAAUCUCUAUUUUGAACAUGAAGAAAAAUAAUUCAACUAAUCUCGAAGCUUUUAGGAUCCUUCAAAUAAUUAUUACGAAAUAAUCUUACUUACAUGAUCAGCUGAUCGGAUGAAACUGGCAUUAUACUAAAAUAAUUGUUGACUUUCUCUCUCCCUCUCUCUCUCUCUCCCUCUCUCUCUCUCUCUCUCUCUCUCUCUCUCUUUGUUACUGAGCGAUUCCUUCAUUCGGUUAUUUAUGUACAAUAAUCCGUUUACUCUUGCUAGAAAGUUCCAUCGUCGAAGAUUUCGUCGAUACAGGAAUGACCUGAAAUAAAAAUCAAUUGUAUCAAUAUAAGGAACAAUAAUGGACAAUGACUUAUACAUCCUUACGAGAAUUUAUAUCUUCUUAUUUAAAAUAUUUCAAUGUCUCUUUUACUAUUAUAUAUAAUAUAUAACUUUCUCCUAAUUUAUCUUAAAACCUAUAAAAAGAGAAAAGCAAUUGGUCUUGGGUCGAAACUAUUGUAUGUUAUACAAAUUUAACAGGUUUUAAAAUGUUUCAUAAAAUUUUCCUUUGUCAUUACGAAUAAUACUCUUUAAAAAAGAUCAAAUCAUAAAUCAUAUAUUAUAGAAAUUCGAAAUACCUGACGAAAUUUGUCUAUAUAUACAGCCGAAAUAUUAGUAAGAAAUAAGUUAGUUCACGAUGAGUUUCCACGGCAUGAAAACGAUGUUCCAUAUCGUGCUCGUUCUGACAAUAUUUCGGGAGUGUUAUAGUUAUAUCAAUAUAGUGAGAGUUCAUGCAAAUAUUUCGACGUAUUACGAAAGUAAUAAUCAUGGAAUUGCGAAAGGAAAAAUCACGGAGUUUACGGAUAAAAAUAUUUCAAACGAAGAUACAAGAAUAACAGGCGGAGAAUACGCAACCGAAAGACAAUUUCCUUUCAUCAGUGUCGUACACCGACUCGUUGGUAAUGGAGUGAUCUCUCAAUGUGGCGGAAGUAUCCUAUCGAAACGAUGGGUAUUAACAGCAGGCCACUGUAUCGCAGAGUCGCCUCACAAAUUUUUUCUCGUUUUUGGUAUUAUCGACAAAUCUGGUAUCAGUUACGAUAAAAACUUUGGUCCUGGAAUUUCGAUGAUUACAACACGAGCGUACCUUCAUCCAAGAUAUAUAGAAGCUAUCAAUGACAUUGGAUUAUUAUACAUGCCUAAAGAUAUUCCUUUUACAAACUCGAUUCAACCUAUUUCACUUGCUGGUUAUAAUGAUAUAUACAAGAGUUACGAACAUGCAACAGCAAUCGUUAUCGGAUGGGGUAAAGAGAGAGCCACUGGUUCCAUUACUCAAGCUUUGAAAUAUGCUCGACUGUCGGUAAUUACUAACAGAGAAUGUAGAUUACAUUGGCAAAUAGACCAGAGAAAUAUUUGUACAGCGUUUGGUUCUGGUCAACACGCUUGCCAAGGUGAUAGCGGUGGUCCUCUUAUCGUGCAAACUACGAAUAAACAAUAUAUUCAAAUUGGGAUUGUAAGUUAUGGCGAUGCUAAUUGUCCCAGUAAUAAACCUGGUGUAUUCACAAGAGUAGCUGCAUUCAGUACGUGGAUCAAUUUGAUCACUAGAAUACGAUAUUAAAUUGCUUACAUUAUUAUAUAUACGUACAUAUAUACAUAUAUACCAAAAUAAUUUGUAUUGGGUAAAAAUAUUGCAAAUAAAUAAAAUAUUCAAUUAUAUAUUGA